CUUGAUGUGCUGUUCAUAUCAACGUCAUAAACCCGUUUCCAAGGUCUUCAAGCAGAGCGUCCCACAAGUUAAGCUGAGAUACGGUGCUGAGAGUUUGGCUUCAGCUGAUUCUGAACGGAAAGAAUUGUCAUAGUAAUAGAAAGCAUUUUUUUGGUGAAAUAUUCUCCCGGAAGAGUGUAAGCAAAUAAGUCCUUAUUAUAAGGAACCCCUUAUAAUAAGGAGUCUACCCGACUUUUGAUUGUUACAUAAAGCUGCUGUGUUACUAAUGGAAAGACGCCUGUUCCCGUUACAUUUAUCUUUUGGCAGCUUUCACUUUCGUGUUGGAGAGGAAUUAAGAAAAUGGAGGAACAGUAUGACUAUUCUCGACAUAAAUACUGUAUAAUUCUAGUUUUUGGUUAUAACGCCAUCGCGUCUGACAUUGUAGCCAUCAAAAAUAUAGUUAUUGAAAAGGAAGAAGUCAAAAGAUCACAAUCCAAAAAGACGAAUGUAGCCUCACUUUUAUAUCAAACUACCACCGAAACCGUUAUAGCCAGCGGUGAAUUAAUUGAGGAUUCAGAAGGGUUUCCAGAAGGCGUUAUUCAUAUCCCCAAUAUUUUUAGCGAGCUCAAGAGAAAUUAUUCCAAUGAUAGGCCAAACUCUCACACACAUGGGGUACGAUACAAGAACUUUCUCCAGGAAGCCAUAAACGUGUUGCAAGGAAUUCCGCGUGAAUGGAAAGAAGCUAAAAAAUGCUUAGAUACUGAUUUUUAUUACGCGGUUAUUAUCCCUUCAAAUUGGGAGUAUGAAACAAGAGAAGAAUUCUUUCGCCCUCUCUUGAUAAAAGCUGGUCUUAUCCAUGAGGAUGACGGUCAGGGCAGAGUGGUUUUUUUUUCAAACAUAGAACCAAUUUUCCGCUAUAUUCAGGAAGAUCAUGAUAUCUUAGGUGAUGUAGAAAUGAAGCUUGGUGAUCAGUACGUUAUAUGCACACUAGAUUAUCAAGGUACAUUUUGUGUGAACCUGGAAUUGGUAUCGGUUCAAUAUCAUAAUUCCACAGUGAUAGAAAGCAAGUGGCUUCCACAAUCAUUAAAACAGGUUCAAUUCACGAUACCAUUUGAAUCAAGGGAUUUAAGAUCACCACUUAUAGCGUAUCUGGAAAAGCUUUGUGGCAACACAAUACCAUCGGAAAUCAUUGAAGCAUUGCUUGUUAUAGUCAGUGAACUAUCCAAAGAUCGGAAACUUGACAUAGUCCCAUCCUUUUUUAAGCCGUUUCAUCGAUUAAAAAAUCUAUAUACUGAACAAUACGGUUUGAAAGAAAGCGAAAUCGAUGAUAUACAGUCAAUAACUAAUGUGGAUAUAUAUAAAAACGUGAAUGGUUUUACUGAUAACAUUUUCAAUUAUCAAAUGGAUAUAUUGCUUCAGGGAACAAGCAAUACAAAAACCAGGUCCAUGGUUAUCUUCGACACAGAACAAGUCAGAGAUCGUUGUUUUUCAGGAAUACUGCUCAAUUUAAUUGAAAGGUGGUCGGAGACAUAUCGCGAGCAAAAAAAAUCGUACGGAUUGAUUGCAAAAGGUGAAGCUUUCAAUUACAGCAGACUUCAAUCUUCCGGAAUUUUGGACUUAAUAGCAUACCAAAUGCAAGUCUUCAACAUACGUAGAGCGCCUGUUAUACUGUCUAAUAACACAGCAAUUGAACAUUCUAAAAGGUUUUCAAAGUCUACAAUUUUAAUCAAUAUUGACAUGCUGCCCACACAGACCAAUACUAUUGUUACAUAUCUGGAUGAGAAUAUGCAGGCCAAGCAGACAAAAACCUUCGAUUGCAACAUGAAACCGUUGGAUAGCUUCAUCACCUACUCAAAAUUAGAACAUAGGCCAAUACUUUAUAUUAACAACAGUCUGAAGCUACUUUUAGAAAAUAUUUUUGGUGACUAUCUUAAACUAUUCUCAACCUCCAACAGACUAAGCAUUACGAGAGAAACACUAUGGAGCUCGGUAUCUACAUUACUAGUUCGAGUUUCACGCAAAAUGCCAAAGAGUCUUUUGAGCAAUUACUAUAGGAUAAAAUCGAGUGCAAAUUGGCGAAAAGAGAUCAGAAAUGUAUUUGUUUCCUCAAAUCCUAACUUACAUAAAAAGCUCAUCAGAAACGUUGAAAUGAAUGACUUUUUAACCUCUAAUGAUGAAUCUUGUAGUGCGAAUAUCAAUUUAUUCACUACCUCUGAUCCAGGUUACAUUUUUUUUUUUAUGAUUACAUACCUAUCUAUUUUCAACAAGCUGCUAGAGGAUAAAUUAGAACAUAACGUAGGAAGUAAGUGGAAAAGCAACAGCAUCUGGUGUGGUGUCUUCAUUGAUAAGAGUUUAUUGGAUAUUGUAUUCGGCUCAAUAAAAAAUUUGGAAAAGUCAUUCUUUGCUUGUGGAAUACUCCAAAAGGGCAACAAUCUUCGAAGAGCAAAAUUCUGUACUCGUGGCGAGGAGAUUUUACCCGCUAUUCAACAGAAAUUAAUAGAUCUGGAGUUUAAGAUGAAAUCUUACUUUGUAGUUGCACAAGUAUUUUCAAAACAUAUUCAACUCACUCUUCAUCAAGUUGUCAUAUUGGCAUCCUCUGAAGAAAAUGCAGCUACAAUUGUUAUUCAGGAUGACAUAUUAGAUAUAGAUGAUGUAUACGAUAGCCUAUGUAAACCGCUUUGGAAAACUAUACAAUCAAAUACCCAAGUUAAUUAUUGCGCCAUACACAAUGACAGAUACAAUGCACAGCAUGAUUUAUAUACUUUCCAAGCAUAUAGUGAUAUUAGCCAAAAUCUUAAGCUAUGCGUUGUUAAACUUUUGGAAAUGAACAAAGCAAGCGUCGACAUGAAUUCCAAAAUACAUUUGAGCAUUAGCAAUAAAUGUACAUGUAGUAUCAGUGUCUCUCUUCGUGACUGUAUAGAGGUAGCCCUUGUGUCAGUCAUAGAGAACAUGGCAACGGUUAUAGCGGCUUCUUUAACCAACAAAAGAUUAUAUGGAAAAUAUGCAGCAAAUUAUAUUUUUGUGUUUGGAGAUCCAUUCAAUGUAUUUUACGGUUCAGUAAUCCACACAAUAUAUACCAUGUUAAUGCAGAAGACAAUUGAUGACGCCGUACAGUUUAAAGAAAAAGAUACAAUAACAUUUGCAUUGGGAGAAUCACUUUACCAAUUGUUAAAGCCUGUAACACACACCAAACCACAUAUGUUGGAACAUUUUAUCACCGGAAAGUUGUGCCGAGUAUCAAGCGAAACAUAUGCGCUGAGGGUUAAAGAAUCUCACACAGGGUUGCAUAUUCCUUUUUCCCGAAUUAACCGUAAUGGCGAUAUCAAAAAUAAUUUAUAUGAGGAUGGUAAUUAUUUAGUAUUUAUUCAAAAGGGGAAGCCAGUUUCGACAAGUAUCUUUGCAAUUCAACUCCAAGAACAUAUAGACAUAUUUACUUUAGAUAUUAUUCAAGCAGCAGAUAACUCCGAAGCUGUUGUUACAAAAAAGUAUUCUGUGUUAGACAGUAAUGCUGAUGGCUCAAAAUAUCGUUUACGUACCAAUAAGUACCGUGGUAGUAUCUCAACAAUAGUGAUGGAAUGUAAACAAAUUAAGUACGAUCUAUCUCUCAAAUUAUUAAGGGAGUGUUCAAUCCUUUAUCAUGACAGUCGUAGAAUUCCCCUUUACGAUUCCCUAAAUAUCAUCGAACCAUUAACACUCGCUUAUAUUUAAAUAAUAAACAACAUAAACUGCUGUAAUAAUA